AUGGAGUUUGUGGCCGCGCUGCGCCUCUGCCUGUGGCUGGGGCUGGGGCUGGGGCUGGGGCCGGGACCGGGGCCGGGGCCUGGGCUGAGCCACCCGCAGCCCUGUCCCCGGGGCGCGCAGCUUGGGGGCCCGCUGCGCCUGGGCGCCCUCCUGCCCCGGGCAGCGGCCCUGCAGCGCCGCUUGCGGCGCGCCCUAGCCCGGGCCAUCUCAGAGGGCGCAUGGGGGCCCGAGCCGGGGCUGGAGCUAGGGCUGGAGCUGGAGCUGGGGCUGGGGCUGGGGCCGGAGCCAGAGCUGGAGCUGGAGGCCCCCGCGCCCCCCUCCAGGGACCCCGCCUCGCUGGCCGCCUGGCUGUGCCGUCUGCUGGCCCGGCCCGGGCUGGCUGCGCUGCUGGCCUUCCCCGAGUCCCGGCCCGAGCUGCUGCAGCUUCACUUCCUGGCCGCCAGUCUGGAGACCCCCGUGCUCAGUCUGCUGCAGCUGGACGCGCGCCUGCCGCCCGCCACGCCGAAUCCCUUCCACCUGCAGUUGGACUGGGCCAGCCCCAUGGAGACGUUGGUGGACGUGCUCUUAUCUGUGCUCCGGGCCCACGCCUGGAAGGACAUUGCCCUGGUACUGUGCCGCAUCCGUGAUCCAGGCAGCUUCUUGGACUUUUGGACCCAGCGCACUGGGCUGGCCCCACAGAUGACCUUGGAGCUGAGCCGGCUACCUGGAGCCCUGGCACGCCUUGAGGCACUGGCUGGGGAGCCUCCUCCGGUCACAGCUGCCAUCCUGUUUGGUUGCGAUGCCAACCGUGCCCUCCAAGUGCUGGCUGCUGCUCCCCCUGGGCCCCGAUGGCUCCUGGGCACCCCACUAGAGGCCACAGAACUGCCCACCCAGGGCCUGCCCCCAGGAUUGGUGGCCUUUGGUGGGGAGAGUCAGCCCCUUCUGGAGGAUCUCACCCAGGAUGCCGCAGGACUGAUGGUGCAGGCUCUGGGCAGGGCUGCCCAUGCCCACCCUGACCAGGCCCUCUCACCCUCAGCCAUCAGCUGUAACAGCCCCCGCCUGGCAAGGCCUGAGUCCUGGGGCCAGCGCCUGGCUGGGUUUCUGGCCAACGCUUCCUUCCACGGUCGGACGGGUCACAUGUGGGUGACGGGCACCUCCCAGGUCCACAUCCAGCGCCACUUCCACGUGUGGAGCCUCCUGCGGGACCCUCGAGGUGCCCCGGCCUGGGUGACGGUGGGCCACUGGCAGGAUGGGCGGCUGGAGCCGGCGGCGGGUGGGGGGGUGUGGCCAGGGGCUGGGGGCCUCGGAGGGCGGAUGCCACUCCGGGCCCCUCUGAGGGACGAUGAAAUCGGGCCACAGAAGCUGCGGGUGGUCACCCUGGUGGAGCACCCCUUCGUAUUCACCCGGGAGGUGGACGAAGAUGGGCUCUGCCCCGCUGGCCAGCUGUGCCUGGAUCCGGGCACCAACGACUCUGCCGUCCUGGGCGAGCUCUUCGCUGCCCUGGCCGAGCCGGGCAACGGCUCGGUGCCCCGGGAGCUGCGCAGAUGCUGCUACGGCUACUGCAUCGACCUGCUGGAGCGGCUGGCGGAGGACGUGCCCUUCGCCUUCGAGCUAUACAUCGUGGGGGACGGCAAGUACGGCGCCUGGCGCGACGGCCGCUGGACCGGCCUGGUGGGGGACCUCCUGGCGGGCACCGCGCACAUGGCCGUGACCAGCUUCAGCAUCAACUCGGCGCGCAGCCAGGUCAUCGACUUCACCAGCCCCUUCUUCUCCACCAGCCUGGGCAUCCUGGUGCGCACCCGGGACACGGCGUCCCCCAUCGGGGCCUUCAUGUGGCCCCUGCACUGGACCAUGUGGGUGGGGGUCUUUGUGGCCCUGCACGUCACCGCCCUCUUCCUCACCCUGUACGAGUGGCGCAGCCCCUACGGCAUGACCCCGCACGGGCGGAACCGCCUCAAGGUCUUCUCCUACUCCUCCGCCCUCAACCUCUGCUACGCCAUUCUCUUCGGUCGCACCGUCUCCAGCAAGACGCCCAAGUGCCCCACGGGCCGCUUCCUCAUGAACCUCUGGGCCAUUUUCGGCCUCCUGGUCCUGUCGAGCUACACGGCCAACCUGGCGGCGGUCAUGGUCGGCGAGAAGACCUUUGAGGAGCUCUCGGGGAUCCAUGACCCCAAGCUCCACCACCCAUCCCAAGGCUUUCGCUUUGGCACCGUGUGGGAGAGCAGUGCAGAGGCCUACAUUAAGAAAAGCUUCCCGGAGAUGGCCGAGUACAUGCGGAGGCAUAACGUGCCCACCACGCCUGACGGAGUCACCAUGCUCACGACAGACCCUCCAAAGCUCAAUGCCUUCAUCAUGGAUAAGUCUCUGCUGGACUACGAGGUCUCUAUCGAUGCUGACUGCAAACUGCUCACGGUGGGGAAGCCAUUUGCCAUCGAAGGCUACGGGAUCGGGCUGCCUCGGAACUCACCUCUCACUUCCAACCUGUCCGAGUUCAUCAGCCGCUACAAGUCGUCAGGGUUCAUCGAUCUGCUACAUGACAAGUGGUACAAGAUGGUGCCCUGUGGCAAGAGGGUCAUUGCUGUCACUGAGACUCUGCAGAUGGGCAUCUACCACUUCUCGGGACUCUUUGUACUACUCUGCCUGGGCCUUGGAUGCGCCCUCCUCACCUCUCUGGGAGAGCACAUCUUCUACCGCCUGGUCCUUCCUUGGAUCCGAAAGCAAAACAAGCUGCAGUACUGGCUGCACACAAGCCAGAGAAUCCAUCGGGCUCUAAACACUGGCUUAGAUCAUCAGAAGAACCAGAGAUUAAAACCGAAGCCGAAGCCGGAGCCGGAGCCGGAACCAGAGUCAGAGCCAGAGCCAAAGCCAAGCUGUGAUCCUCAGCGUGAGCAGAGCAGUAGGAACAGCGUUAGGCCAACUGUGAAGGCAGAGCGGAGGGUCCGAUUUCAGGAGCCAGAAGUCAAGGGGCCUGAUCUGCAGCUCACCAACGGGCGGCUGCCUCAGCAACAACUGGCAGUGCAGCCAGAAGUGCUUCCACAGCCCUCUCCUCUGGAAGCAGCUGAUGCUGCCACCGCCACCACUACCACCACCCAGAGUGAGCUGAAAGCCCUGGAGCAGAGAAUUGAGGACAUGCGGGAUCAGCUACGGUCCGCCCUGCUCAGGAAGAGUGAGCUGGUGCUCCUCCUGGGAAGGGACCUGCCCCCCCGCAGCCGGCUCCUGCUGACUCCGCAGGAGAUCAGUGAGGACAGGUAACCUUGUCUGGCCCCCCACCCCCCCCCACUCCCGAGCGCAUAUCUCAUGGCCGUCCUGUUACCUGGAGCCACCUCUGGGUAUGGGCCUUGGAGCAUGGUGGAAGGCAGCAGGUGGGAACCUAGCUCUGCCCACUGGACAGAGGCAGUAGCAGCACCAAAGCUCCUGCCUGGCUUUGCUGAUCCAGGCAUUCCUGGCCAGUUUCUAUCGCCCUUUUGGGGCACUCUAUUGUGUCUCAUCCUACGACAUACAACAGCUACUGCCCUCCGGCCCCUCCACAAACAGGAGACCACUUCUAGGUCUAGGCCCAACCUUCAGUGUCAGCCAGCCAGGGCAGGGGCCAGGGAGAAUACAGAAUCUGAGGCCAACUCCAGCCAAGGCUGGUGGAGGGUUAGAUCACAAAGCCCUUAUACACCCUUGGCUAUGGCAGGUAAUCUCAGGAGGGCCCUGCACAGGUUAAAAUGGGCACUGGCCUCUCAAAGCAUUGCCUUGCAUGCCUAUGAGCUUCAUGUUAAUGAGGAAGCAUGGAUGCCAACCUCACCCUCAGUUCUCCCAUGGUGUCAGCUUGGGACUGCAAAGCUCAGCUCCUUGGCCUGAAUGACCCUAGCUAGCAGUUUCUCUCAUCUAUGGCUGCCACGUUCCACAAUCCUUCAGUUACAGCUGGCAGAGAAUUUAAUAAUUUUUAAAGUAUUUAAACCCCAUAAAUAAGAACCUGGAGAGAAAAUACAGAUGUUGAUCUUUCACUCUGCUGUGGGCCUGGAGCAGAAUCAGGCCAUUUGCCGUCUUCAACAAACUGCCAGUGAGGAGUUGAUAAAGGGAAUAACCCCAAACAUGCCUAAUCAGAACAAGGGGCACCGAUGAAGAAUUACAGCCUGCCAGCUCCAGUGCUGCCCUGAAUGCCAAAGGAGAAACUGAGGAAGGCCUCUCAUCUAUUGGAAAGACAGAUGAGAAGUGCACAGCAUGAGAUGGGGGGGCAUUGGGUACCCAUGUCAAUGAAAUCAGGACUCUGUCUGAAGUACUGAAGAACGCUGGCCCCUUUUUACCAGACUGGCCGGCCUUUGACCUCCUCCUGGGCAAAAGCACUCUGUUCUCCCGAGGUUUCAAUGAAAGAAGGGGGUGGGGGGUGGUGGGAAGGCAACAGAGAGAGCCCCAACUGUUAGAUAGACU